AUGGUGGAAUAUGUCCUUCAGGGUACGUUCAAAAUCGACAAAGAAGACGACGAGGGUAAACAUUAUGAAGUCUGUUUGGCUUUGGAAAUUUUAAAUGGACUUAGAGAAAGUACUGUUCCUGAAACUCCCAUUGAAUACGCUAAACUUUAUAAUGAAUGCUGGGAUAGUGGACCAGAAAAACGACCUCUUAUGAAUGAAGUCGUUGAAAGGUUAAGAAUGAUUUCACAAUCGAAUAAUACAUUUGACUACCACCAAAUUAAGAGAUUUGAUGAUAUAACUGAUCGAUCAUCAUCAUCAAUUGAGAAUACAUCUAAUAACGCUCACUCACAAGGAGAUAUAUAUAAUAUCGCUCACUCACAAGGAGAUAUGUCUAAAAUGAUGAUGGGUGAAAUGAAUAGUUCCGAUUUAGCUAAAUAUGAUGACAAAAUUUCAUCUAACAGGGACGAAAUAAUUUUAAGUGAUAACUUAGAAAUUUCAUCAAAAAAGGAUUUAAAUGAGAAAAUUGAUGACAUUGUACAAUUUAUUUAUAACGGACUAAAUGAGGGGAAAAUUUUUACACUGAUUGAAAAACCAGUCCUUAAUUUUAUCAUCAAUCAAGGUUUUGAUUUACAAGAGAUUUAUAAUUGGAUUUCAAAUAAUCAAAAUAAUUCAAACAAUCUUUUUCUACUUGGAUAUUUUAAUUUCUUUGGAAUUAAAUCAAGUAAGAAUUAUGAUAAGGCAUUUGAUUCAUUUAAUAAAGCUUCAGAAGAUCAUACGUUAGCACAAUGCUAUGUUGGAAAAUGUUACGAAAAAGGAUACGGCGUUGCAAAAGACAAAAGGUUGGCCUCCGAUUAUUAUAAAAGAAUUGCCGAUAAGAAUUUUACAACUGGACAAGUAUAUAUUGGUUAUUUUUAUAGAAAUGGAAUAGGCGUUAAUAGGGAUUUUAAAAUGGCUGUUCAUUGGUAUAAAAAGGCUGCAGAGAAUGGAAAUAUACAUGCUAUUUAUAAUCUUGGUAAUUCUUAUAAAAAUGGAAAAGGCGUUGAAGAAAAUUAUGAUAAAGCUUUUGAGUUAUUAAAAAAAUCCGCGGAACAAGGAAAUAAUUUCGCUCAAAAUGAACUUGCUAUCCUAUAUGAAAAUGGAGAUGGAAUUGAGAAAGAUAUAGACCAAGCAAUUUAUUGGUAUGAAAAAUCUGCUAAACAAGACAAUUUAGAAGCGAAAAAUAAGUUGAGAAAACUUUUAAAACCUAAAAAUAAAAAAAAAUGGAGUGAUUCAUGUAAAAUCAAUUAA